AUAAAUAAAUAUUCUAUGUUGUUAUUAUUAUAUGAUUUUAAGAGUGCGAUGUUCUCAGUGGGUUUUAAACUGUUAAGAAAAGGCAUAUCUAGCAUGGUUCAAAAAGGUCCGCGUCCUCUGGUGUUAUGCGGUCCUUCCGGAAGUGGCAAAAGUACGCUGAUAAAGCGACUUUUCGAGGAAUUCCCUGAUACCUUUGGGUUUUCCGUUUCGCACACUACAAGACCCCCACGUUCUGGAGAAGAAAAUGGCAAGCAUUACUAUUUCACUAACAAGGAAGAUAUGCAGAAGCAGAUCGAUCAAGGUGAAUUUAUUGAAAGUGCGACCUUCGGCAACAACAUGUAUGGAACCAGCAAACGAGCAGUUGAAGAUGUAAGGCGUACCGGAAAAAUUUGUGUCAUGGAUAUUGACACGCAGGGUGUGAAACAAAUAAAGAACAGUGCGCUUGAUCCUCUUUAUGUUUUUAUAAAACCUCCAUCUAUUAUUGAAUUGGAAAGACGAUUACGAGGGCGUAUGACAGAAACAGACGAAUCUCUGCAGCGCAGAUUGUCUGUUGUCAAGACCGAAUUAGAAUAUGGAGAGCAACCGGGAAACUUUCAUCUUGUAAUCGAGAACGAUAAUUUGGACAAGGCGUAUGCUAAGCUCCGAGACUUUAUCCUGGCGGAACUUAAUCGGCAGAGGCAGACAGACAGAGGUUAGGACGCCCCAAUUUUCGUGCGUCCUUGAUUGUUCAACUUGUUUCGCAUUAAAUGCUGAACAAACAAAUUAUGUAUAUAAGUUUAUAUACAUGUAUCAGCUAUUAAGUCAAAUGCUUAAAUCUUAUUGGCAUCUUACAGCUAAUAUUUAAGACAUUUGACUAAUAAUGAAUUUGAGAGUGUACAAUAACAGUGUAUCUAAAAUUCAAAUAUCGUUAUCCCCCAUUUAAUUUCAUUGAUCUUAUGACUGCCAUUUAUUUGUUUAAAAGCAUUAACUUAAGUAGCUGUUAUUAAAUAUGUCGUUGGGAUUCUAACAUUCUCCGUAUUCUUUCACUACAAGUUACUUUUCUUCUUGUUGUACAUAAAAAAGUAGCACUCGUGCACUUUUGUCUAUAGCCUUAGACACAGUAUGUAAGAAACGUACUAUUGAAACUGACAAAUUAACAAUAACACGUUUGUUCUUAAAUAACCAACAGAGGCCUAAGCUGAUUCUUCGAAAGGAUGUGUACUCUUUCGACAGGUGCCACUUCCUUGCUUCAAUAAUUUUGUUUUAUCCAUUCGCUCCGGAUUUUCUGUGGGUAAUUAUUAUAAUGUAGUAGCUAAAGUAAAAUGAAGCAAACUAGUAUACAAUAAUGACAGAAUAAUUAUCACGAUACUGUUUUUCUGGUAUUUAUAUAAGACCAUGUACAAAACCGUGUAUGUGACUUGAAUCGUGAAAUGUUUUAUUGUAUAUGAAUGGAAAGCACAGAAGCCUGUAUCGGAUGGCUGAAACUUAUAUGUAUAGAAUGCGUAUGCUUUGUUGGAGCUGAGAAGUCAAAAUAUUAUGAGAUACUCGAACAUUUCCUUACAAUUGAUUGCAAAAAUUACUUAAUAUUUAAUUUUAUUAUAUCUUCGCGUUGAUACAUUCCUAUAUACAAGUUUUUUUCUUUACCACUUCAUUAUUCAGUCUCGUAGUAUGAGAUUUAACUUAAUUUAUGUAUCUAUUGACAUUUGAUCUGCUUCAAGGCUUCACAUGAAAGAGACGCAUCGAUUGUGAUAGAUAACUUUGUUGUACUAAUUUGAGACGAGCUAUUAAUUAUUAUUAGUUGAUAAAUCUAUGAUUUUCCAAGCUGUUCCACAAUAAACUACGAUUUCGAAAUCAUUUGAUAUUUAUUUACGAGGAUCAGCUAUUCAUAAAUUAAUCAACUGAUAAUAACACGACUGUUGUUGCUUAGAUUUUCGAAUUUUAAAAGAACUAUUCCCAGUUAGGAAUGGAAAGCAGAAGAUGUGCCUAGUUAUAAACGUAAUAUGUGUAGAAGUCGAUAAUGACAUUCCUAGCCGUAUAAGUAUUUUUGAAUGCAACGGCAGAGAAUUUCACCUUUUUUUUUAAAAGUAUUACAUUAUAUACGCUACUACUGUGUACGUCAUGAAAUCACAAGAAUUAAUUUUACUCUAAAAAGCAUAAAAGGCGAAUGAAACAGGCUAUUGGCAUGUGUGAGUUUUCAUACGGACUAGACUACUCAAUUAUCAAAAAAAUAACCUCCCCUGCGGCGCCAAAGUUGAAAAUUAUUUCUUAGAAAAUCUACAGAAUAAAUCUCGAAAACGACAGUCUACGUGGCUCACACGGCAACCCGAGAAUAUCAUUGCCGUUUCCUAUUCAAAACGUAUUACAUCUUUGCACGGAAUCACCGAUGAAAUUCAAAAAAUUGGACACGCAGGGAAAGUUUUACAUCAACUUCGAGCGGGAAUCGCUCUUGUAUAGCCAAUUUCGAGAUUUUUUUGUGUGAAAUUUCCUCGCUUCCAGCUUCAUCCACGUGACAACUCAUCCAUACGAAUAACCUGUUUCGUUCCCACUUAACGCUGCAUGCUAGCAUGAUCAAUGUACACCGUUGCGCAUUUCAAACGUCACAUUAUAUCAUUAGCGCUUCGAUUGAACCACAUUCCGCUAUCUUAAAGGUGUACAUCAAACGAUAAAAAAAAUAACUUCCAUUCCUGGUGCUGUCAAUUCGUAUAAAUGUACAAAUUAAAUGACUAAUAAUGUGGCGUUAGGUACCAAGGGAAAGUGUAUGAUCUCUCUGAAGUCUCCGAACGACGAUAGCAACACUCGAAAGACGUAAGCCUGUGCUUGUUACCUGUGGACUGUCACCCGUGAAAAAAAGAAAUAUCGAAAAGAAAAUGGAGAAAGUUCUUUUAGCGAUGUGGCAAAGUAUAUAACAUUUAUAUCGAGACAGUAGUAGCGCUUAAGUGGAAUGUGUAUGUUACACGUAAUGUAUAGCUUCGUCGCCAUUUAUUUAUUACGAAAAUUUUAGAUUUCUGCGAGAUAACAGAAUAAUUAAUUUUAACAUUUUUACUCCUUCCGAUGCGACAAAUCGCAUGUAGUUUAAUUGAUUGAUAAGCUAGAAUCGUGGACAUAUCCAUGCACUUGAAAAAAAAAGGAUGCCUAUGUUAUUUAGUUCGUGUAUAAUAUUUUUUACAAUGCCGGUAAUUUUAUACUUAAUGAUAGUCACUGCGUUAACAAUAAAGAAAAAAAAGAUGUCUUAUUUAUAGAAAAUCUGUGUAAUAUAAUACGAUAAAUCUCGAUAUUAUUAUUGUACAAGACAUUCGAUUUUCAAUCGGUACUCGUAGCGAUUAAUAUGAUUGUAUAAUAUCUCAAGGUAAAUCUAGAAUGUCACCGAUGUUUAUUGUUAGCUUAGUGAUAAAUUAAUUGGUCGUCUAAGACGAUUCUUAGUGAUACGAGAGGAAAAAUAUGGUCCCUUGCUGAUUUAUCCCAAAGGAUUGCCUCCCCCUCCCUCUUCGUCUUACCACCUCACCUUUCCUUUUGCCCUCCGCCCCUCUCCCCAUUCCCACCCUGAACAUUUGUAUGGCAUCCUGUCCCGAAAAUGCUACUUUAACCAAUGAAUUAAAGGUAAAAGUAUAGAUUUAGCAAACUGAGACUAUUCACCAAAUGAAGUUGUGUUCCAAUAGAGUAGGUUACUUAUAAAGUACUUGAGAACUUCUCGCGUGGCUCUCGAUUAGCACUUUGAAAUCUGGCUGAUUGAACUUUGAGAGAAUGAAACGUGGAAGGCUCAAGUGUUCAUCAUAAUACCAUUCAGCAGUCAUUUUCUUUUAGGGUGUUACAGCCAGAUAAUUUACUUUAAUAUAAAGCAAAGUUGUUUUCUCUUUUUCUUUUUAAUUUGAGAACUGAUUUAUGGUAACGUUAGGAUAUGCUUACUAAUGAGAAUUAACUUUUUCAUUAAUUCACUCUGUGAAUUUGAUAUACCGGGUGAAACCUUAAUGCCGUCACACGUAAUUUUCGGCUAUACUCGAGACAGUUUGAAUUUGAGUUAUGAAUUUUGUGAUCCUCUCGACGUCCAAUUUGGCUUUUGAAAAAUUCCAUUCGUUAAUCCUCACCUCACGUCACGUCAUUAAUCCUGAUAGGUGAUGAAAUGCAGAUCAUGCGUUUCAAUGUCUUUAACCACGUAAUCGAUGGAUGUACUCUUGCGAAUGAUCGAUGUAACAGAAAUAAGGCGUUGCCAUAGGCUCAUAGGAAACUGUAUGUUCAAUAGUUGAAAGAAAAAAAAAAAUGGUUGUAACGUUAUACGUAUGAUGUAAAAUAAAGUUGUAGACACAACGAGAGAUAAUGGA